AGGUUGGGCUGAGUAACUGGCAAGUAGGCCCAGCAUGUUUGGUAGUUAGUCUAAUAACACCGUUAUUUCCGGGCCUUGGGCCCACUUAAUGCCCAGAUUCCAAUCUGGCACAGACUGGUCCUUCUCAAUUCUCAUCCACCCUACUCUUUAUAACCGCUUCCCCACGAAACAACCCUUCUAUCCCCAUCACACUCCACCACUCUCUCUCUCUCUCUCUCUUACACUUUCUUCAUUUUCAAAUUAGUUUUCAUUUCACAGUUAUUCAAUUAGUCUCAAUCAAACUAUGGCUGAUGAAGUUCCAAAAUUAACAACUCAAGAGGCAGUGCCUCCUGCUGAGACCGAAUCCACUGAUGAGCCCAAGCCCAUUCCCGAGCCCGAGAAAAAGCCCGUUGAAAACAAUACUCUAGAGACUGUGACUGAAACCGAUGUGUCAAAGCCUGGUGACGAUGAAAAAGUUCCUGAAUCAGGUUCGUUCAAGGAAGAGAGUACUAUCGUUGGCGAGUUACCUGAAGCUGAGAAAAAAGCACUUCAAGAGCUAAAACAGCUUAUUCAAGAAGCACUUAACAAACAUGAAUUCUCAGCAGUUACAACUCCCAAGCAAGAAAAAUCCGAACCAGAACCCGAACCCGAACCAACACCAGAAGCUGAAACACAACCACCUGUUGAUGAUAACAAGAAAGAAGAACAGAAUGAACAAGUUUCUGAAACGGAAUCUGUUGUUGCUGUUACUACCGCUGAUGAUGACGUGUCACCACCACCACCGGUGACUGAACCUGAGGAAGCUAAAGAAGAAAAGAAGGAAGCUGAUGUUGCUGCUUCUUCUGUAGAUGAAGAUGGAGCUAAAACGGUUGAAGCAAUUGAAGAAACCGUUGUAGCUGUCUCUUCAUCAAUUCCAGAACAACAACAACAACAACCAGAAGAGGUGUCAAUUUGGGGAAUACCACUCCUUUUAGACGAAAGAACUGACGUUAUUCUGUUGAAAUUUCUCCGAGCGAGAGACUUUAAAGUGAAAGAAGCAUUCACAAUGAUUAAGGACACAAUUCGUUGGAGAAAAGAGUUCAAAAUCGACGAAUUAUUAUUCGAUGAAAAUUUAAGCGAUGAAUAUUUAGAGAAAACGGUUUACAUGCAUGGAUAUGAUAAAGAAGGACACCCUGUUUGUUAUAACAUUUAUGGAGAAUUUGAUAACAAGGAAGUUUAUAAGAAAACAUUUUCUGAUGAAGAAAACAGACAAAAGUUUCUGAGAUGGAGAAUUCAGUUUUUGGAAAAGAGUAUUAGGAAAUUGGAUUUUAAUCCUGGUGGUAUAUGUACUAUUGUUCAGGUUAAUGAUCUUAAGAAUUCUCCUGGUCCUACUAAAUGGGAGCUUAGACAAGCUACUAAACAAGCACUUCAAUUGCUUCAGGAUAAUUAUCCUGAAUUUCUAGCUAAACAGGUGUUUAUCAAUGUGCCAUGGUGGUACUUAGCAGUGAACAGGAUGAUAAGUCCAUUUCUUACACAAAGAACAAAAAGCAAGUUUGUAUUUGCAGGACCAUCCAAAUCAGCUGAGACACUUCUAAGAUACAUAGCUCCGGAGCAACUUCCUGUCAAAUAUGGUGGAUUAAGCAAAGAUGGUGAAUUUGGAAUUACUGAUGCUGUUACAGAAAUUACAGUGAGGCCUGCGGCAAAACACACCGUGGAAUUUCCAGUUACUGAGAAUUGUCUACUAUCUUGGGAGCUAAGAGUAAUUGGGUGGGAAGUAAGCUAUGGUGCCGAAUUUGUGCCAAGUUCAGAAGGAAGCUACACUGUGAUCAUCCAGAAGACUAGAAAAGUUGGUUCAUCAGAAGAACCAGUGCUUUGCAACAACUAUAAAAUUGGUGAACCUGGGAAAGUUGUUCUCACCAUUGACAAUUCAAGUUCUAAGAAGAAGAAGCUCUUGUAUCGCUUGAAGACCAAGCCUUCAACUUCUGAUUAAGAAAGUUUCUAUGUUAAUCUUUAUUAUGUGUUGGAGCAUAUAAUAUAUAUUCUUUUUGGUGUUUUUUUUUUAUUUUAUUAUUGUUGUUACUAUUGAUCAGAGGAUGUUUUGUUUUUUGAAUUCUUAUAUUGAUAUAUAUGCAGAGGAAUUAUUGGUCUA